GCUCAGACGACGCACUCACGGCUCACGCACCGAAAUUAUGUGUGUCGUCCGUCUGUUGUGCACGUCGCUAUAGCCCCCCUAUAUUACAACGGGAAAAAUGGAGUAACUAUUUGUGAAGCGUUUUUAUCUGUAUCGUGAUUCGUCACAGUUUUAGUCAAUUCUUAUCACCGCCGGAAUAAUGGCCGAGUUACUCUUAGAUCCGAAUAUUCGAGGAUGGGUAUUCUUGCCCAUCGUAGUCAUAACCUUCUUAGUCGGAAUAAUCAGGCAUUAUGUCUCGAUUUUACUCUCCUCCCAGAAGAAAGUCGAGCUUCACCAGGUGCAAGACAGUCAAGUAAUGAUACGCUCAAGGCUGCUCCGAGAAAAUGGACAGUACAUUCCAAAAACUGCAUUCCUCUCGAGAAGGCACUUCUUCAAUAACGAGGAAACUGGAUACUUCAAGACCCAGAGGCGAGCUCCAGUUUCACAAAAUCCAAUGACAGAUCCCAGCAUGAUGACUGACAUGCUGAAGGGAAACAUUACUAAUGUCAUACCCAUGGUUCUCAUUGGAGGAUGGAUCAAUUGGAUGUUUUCUGGAUUCGUAACGACAAAAGUGCCAUUUCCUCUAACUCUGCGAUUCAAACCCAUGUUGCAAAGAGGCAUUGAACUGGUGACUCUUGAUGCAGCUUGGGUCUCUUCGGCCUCCUGGUAUUUCCUCAACGUGUUCGGUCUGCGAUCAAUUUAUACUCUAGUCUUAGGAGAGAACAAUGCUGCUGACACAUCUAGGCUUCUGCAGGAUCAAGUAUCAGGAGCUGCAAUGUCAAUGCCUCCUGAUCCAAAAGCUGCUUUCAAGUCUGAGUGGGAAGCAUUGGAAAUUUGUGAACAUAACUGGGCAUUAAAUGGUGUUGAUGCUGAUUUGCUUGAAUUAAAAAAUAGGUGUGAUAGCACUGAGGAUCUUUACUCUCAAAGCAAAUCAAGCUAAUAAACUUUGCAACUAAAGGAUUUUUGCAACAAAAUUCAAAAUCGCGUUUAUACAUCUGUAAGCAAGUGAUCAUUAUUCAACAUGAGUACAACGGUGUUUAAUAGCAAAUUUAUUGUACAAAAAUAUUCACAUUUGCAUACUAUGCAAAACUUAUGGAAUUCAUUUUAUACAGUUUUUGGCAUGUAUGCACUUUAUACUUACAUUUAGAUAAUUUCGUUUAAUUAAAAUCAUAUUUACAUUGAAUAAAAAAAAAAUAAAAUUUUAACCAUCCAAUGAUAACAUUGCUGGAUACAAAUCAGUU